CUCAGUUUAUCCUUGUCUACCUGUACCAGCAUAUUCUUACGAUCUUCAUUCUUCUCAACCACCAUCUGCCAUUAUGACACUCUCUACAGCCAUGACCAUCACUGCUCGCGUCGCCGUCACUGGCUUCCUUUCGCUCUCUUGCUUCAAACGGGCUGUCGUCGACAAUACCGCUCAGGUCCUGUCUAAAGCAGAGAAGACUUCCGCUGGCCUCGUUGUAUACUCUGUCUGCUUGUCGACGAUUACGCUGGUUCUCGCCGCCGACAAAGCUGCACAGAGGAUCCUCAGCAACGAUCCCAAGCAUAGGCCCGCCACUUCAAAGGAUGACAACGACGACUCUCUUCCAUCCAUUCAUGACACCAUCACCUCCCUCGCACCUCAGCCUGUCGAACCAUCUCAUUUGCAGCCAUCUCUGUCUCCAUCUCAAUCGCAUUUAAUCGAAUCGGCGGAAACAAUAUCCGUCCCAAUUUAUACUUGCACGCCUAAUGAAAAGACCACUGUAAAACCUUAUAAUUUGCAGCCAUCUCUGAAUCCAUCUCUAUUGCGUUUAAUCGAAUCGACGGAAAUAACGUCCGCCCCAAUCAUGGGUUCUAAUAUCUGUACGCCUUGCAUUACUCUCACUUCACCGGACCUAUACUGCAAACGCCUUUCUAUCGAUUCCAGCACCACUCUUGUACCCCAUGACGACGACUCGGUUACUCACGUCUUCUCGGACGAUGAUGCUUCGGAUGCCAACGACUGUGAGUCGUUUUGUGACGAAAGCACUAUCCACGAGGACGAUCGUUCUGAACCACAGCCUCAGGAGGACCAUGCACUAGAACCUAUGUUUGUCACUCUAAUUGCCAAAAUGACAGCUCUCACUCUCGAUGACCCGCCUCGUCUUUCCAAACUUCGACCACUCAUUCUAGUCGAUCGCCGCCACAAGGUAUCUACCAUCCAUUGUGCUCCGCUUCCUGCACCCGCAUACUCUGUAGACGCAUUGGCCCGACGUUUGGAGGCACCCUCUCUCUCCGAUACUCCAUCUACCGAUCCUGGCGUCGUUUUUCCUGAACCCAGGUGUUCCAUCGAUGCGCUGACUCGAAAUAUGGAAGUGCUGUUUCCCAGAGAUCGCCCGUCUUCCACCUCGAAGCUGAAGCCUCUGAUACUGGUUACGAAGCACGCCACCCCACACUUCAAGCUGGCUCCUGUCGCAACUAGUCUGCUUCGACAUCCACGCAGAGCCAAAUGUAUUGGCCUUUCUCACUAAACCCUACGGUCUGGGCACACCCUCACCCCAAGUGAUUCAAGACCACCUCCGCGCUACUGAUAACAUUGAACUACCCUCCGAUACCAGGUCUCCUACGACCAAUCCGGACGACGGCCUCCUUCUGUCCCCUACGACCCGGAGCUUCACCGCCCAAGAAGUCGAAGGCCACUUUCAGUCUACACAUACUACACCACGUCGCGAUCGACACCAGAGGUCCCCUGCGAUCCACUUUCGACGACAAACUAAUCGGUUUU